UCUCCCCGCAGGGGGCGCUGGACGUGUGGGGGGGGGAGUGGUCAUUUGGGCUAAAGCCUGUGGAAAUGUCGUUCGCGGCGGGGGCUGUGCCCAAGAAAUCCAAGUGGAUGCUGGGGUGUGUCCCAGAGCCUGUAUCAGAAGGAAUUCUGGCGAAGACCACCUCUCCCGCCCCCUCUUCUGCCCUCACCUGCAGCCCAUAGCCAGUCACCCUCAUGGACCCCAGUGACUUCCCCAGUCCGUUUGACCCGUUGACCCUGCCAGAGAAGCCCCUGGCUGGAGACCUUCCAGUAGACAUGGAAUUUGGAGAGGACCUACUGGAAUCCCAGACUGCCCCCACUCGAGGAUGGGCUCCCCCCGGCCCUUCUCCAUCCUCAGGAGCCCUGGACCUGCUCGAUGCCCCUGCCGGCCUGGAAAAAGGCCCUGGCGUCCUGGACGGAGCCACUGAGCUGCUGGGGCUGGGGGGGCUGCUGUAUAAAGCCCCUUCGCCCCCAGCGGUGGACCACGGUCCUGAGGGCAGCCUCGCGUGGGAUGCAGAUCAGACCCUAGGGCCUGGACCAGGGGGUCAGACCCCUGAGGUGGUGCCACCUGACCCGGGGGCUGGGGCCAAUCCCUCCUCACCCGAGGGGCUGCUAGAGCCUUUGGCUCCAGAGUCCCCACUAAGCCUGCAGUCCCCACACGGUGAAGAGGAGGAGACUGCCUCCAUGGGCGCUGGGAGACGGGGCUCCCCCGGGCAGGAGGAGGAGCAUCCCCAAGGGCAGCCACAGAGCCCCAGUGGCCCCCCCAGCCCUUCAGUGGGAGAGACUCUGGGGGAUGGACUCAGCAGCUCUCAGACCCAACCCGGGGGCCCUAGCCCCCCUGCACACCCUUCCUUGCCAGGAGAUGGCCUGCCUGGGAAGGCGAGUGAGAAGCCGCCUGAGAGGAAGAGAAGCGAGCGCGUUAGGCGGGCAGAGCCUCCCAAACCUGAGGUUGUGGAUUCCACCGAGAGCAUUCCAGUGUCAGACGAGGACUCCGAUGCCAUGGUAGAUGACCCCAACGAUGAGGACUUUGUGCCGUUCCGGCCCCGGCGCUCUCCUCGCAUGUCCCUGCGCUCCAGCGUGGCACAGAGGGCCGGGCGCUCCGCGGUGGGCACCAAGAUGACAUGUGCGCACUGCCGGACGCCGCUGCAGAAGGGGCAGACCGCCUACCAGCGCAAGGGCCUGCCCCAGCUCUUCUGCUCCUCGUCCUGUCUGACCACGUUCUCCAAGAAGCCUUCGGGCAAAAAGACCUGUACCUUCUGCAAGAAGGAGAUCUGGAACACCAAGGACUCGGUGGUGGCGCAGACAGGGUCCGGGGGCUCCUUCCAUGAGUUCUGCACGUCCGUCUGCCUCUCCCUGUAUGAGGCCCAGCAGCAGCGCCCGAUCCCCCAGUCCGGGGACCCCGCCGAUGCCACUCGCUGCAGCAUUUGCCAGAAGACCGGAGAGGUCCUGCACGAGGUCAGCAAUGGCAGCGUGGUGCACCGGCUGUGCAGCGACUCCUGCUUCUCCAAAUUCCGGGCCAACAAGGGACUGAAAACCAACUGCUGCGACCAGUGCGGGGCUUACAUCUACACCAAGACCGGGAGCCCUGGCCCCGAGCUGCUGUUCCACGAGGGCCAGCAGAAGCGCUUCUGCAACACGAGCUGCUUGGGGGCGUACAAGAAGAAAAACACACGUGUGUACCCAUGUGUCUGGUGCAAGACCCUGUGUAAGAACUUUGAGAUGCUAUCACAUGUGGAUCGUAAUGGCAAGACGAGCUUGUUCUGUUCCCUCUGCUGUACCACCUCUUACAAAGUGAAGCAGGCAGGGCUCACUGGCCCUCCCCGACCCUGCAGCUUCUGCCGCCGCAGCCUCUCUGACCCCUGUUACUACAACAAGGUUGAUCGCACAGUCUACCAGUUCUGCAGCCCCAGCUGCUGGACCAAGUUCCAGCGCACAAGCCCUGAGGGGGGCAUUCAUCUGAGCUGUCACUACUGCCACAGCCUCUUCAGUGGCAAGCCUGAGGUCUUGGACUGGCAGGACCAGGUGUUCCAGUUCUGCUGCCGGGAUUGCUGCGAGGACUUCAAGCGGCUUCGGGGUGUGGUGUCCCAGUGCGAGCACUGCCGGCAGGAGAAGCUCCUGCACGAAGAGCUCUGUGUCUCUGGACUCUUUCUAGGCUGCGUGCUGCUGUACAAACAGGACUUCACCAAGAAGCUGGGCUUGUGCUGUAUCACUUGUACUUACUGCUCCCAGACCUGCCAGCGCGGCGUCACCGAGCAGCUGGACGGCAGCACCUGGGACUUCUGCAGUGAGGACUGUAAGAGCAAGUACCUGCUGUGGUACUGCAAGGCUGCCCGAUGCCACGCCUGUAAGCGCCAGGGGAAGCUGCUGGAGACCAUCCACUGGCGUGGACAGAUCCGUCAUUUCUGCAACCAACAGUGUCUGCUGCGCUUCUACAGCCAGCAGAACCAGCCCAACUUGGACACCCAGAGUGGGCCCGAGAGCCUCCUGAACAGUCAGUCUCCUGAGUCAAAGCCCCAGACACCCUCGCAAACCAAAGCGGAGAACAGCAAUACGGUGAAGACCCCGGAGGAAAAUGGGAGUGUGGCCAAGAUCCCUGUCAAGACCCGAUCGGCUGCUACUGCUUCCACCCCUCCGCCACCCCCGCCGCCCCCAGCAACACCCCGCAAAAACAAAGCCGCCAUGUGUAAGCCACUGAUGCAGAAUCGAGGGGUCUCCUGCAAGGUGGAGAUGAAGUCCAAAGGCAGCCAGACAGAAGAGUGGAAGCCCCAGGUGCUCGUGCUGCCCAUCCCCGUGCCCAUCUUUGUGCCAGUGCCUAUGCAUCUGUACUGCCAGAAAGUCCCGGUGCCUUUCUCGAUGCCCAUCCCGGUGCCUGUGCCCAUGUUCCUGCCCACCACAUUGGAGAGCACAGAUAAGAUUGUGGAGACCAUAGAGGAGCUGAAGGUCAAGAUCCCUUCCAACCCCUUGGAGGCUGACAUCUUGGCUAUGGCAGAAAUGAUCGCAGAGGCUGAGGAGUUAGACAAGGCCUCGUCCGACCUUUGCGAUCUUGUGAGCAACCAGAGUGCAGAGGGGCUUCUGGAAGACUGCGACCUGUUUGGGCCGGCUCGAGACGACGUCUUGGCCAUGGCCGUGAAGAUGGCCAAUGUCUUGGAUGAGCCCGGGCAAGACUUGGAGGCGGACUUCCCCAAGAAUCCUUUGGACAUUAACCCCAGUGUAGACUUCCUCUUUGACUGUGGCCUGGUAGGGCCCGAGGACGUGUCUACUGAGCAAGACCUUCCCCGAACCAUGAGGAAGGGUCAAAAGCGGCUGGUGCUUUCCGAGAGCUGUUCCCGGGACUCCAUGAGCAGCCAGCCUGGCUGCACCGGGCUUAAUUAUUCCUACGGUGUCAACGCUUGGAAGUGCUGGGUGCAGUCGAAAUAUGCCAACGGAGAGACCAGCAAGGCUGAUGAGCUGCGCUUUGGCCCCAAACCCAUGCGUAUCAAAGAGGACAUUCUGGCUUGUUCAGCUGCCGAGCUCAACUAUGGUCUGGCCCAGUUUGUGAGAGAGAUCACUCGACCCAACGGCGAACGAUACGAACCUGACAGUAUCUACUACCUGUGUCUUGGCAUCCAACAGUACUUGCUGGAAAAUAACCGGAUGGUGAACAUUUUCACGGACCUUUACUACCUGACUUUCGUUCAAGAGCUCAACAAGUCUCUGAGUACCUGGCAGCCCACCCUCCUCCCCAACAAUACAGUCUUCUCUCGCGUGGAGGAGGAACACCUGUGGGAGUGCAAGCAGCUGGGCGUGUACUCGCCCUUCGUCCUUCUCAACACCCUCAUGUUCUUCAACACAAAGUUUUUCGGGCUGCAGACGGCCGAGGAGCACAUGCAGCUGUCCUUCACCAACGUCGUGCGGCAGUCUCGCAAAUGCACCACCCCUCGGGGCACCACCAAGGUGGUCAGCAUCCGCUACUACGCCCCGGUCCGCCAGAGGAAAGGGCGCGACACAGGUCCCGGGAAACGGAAGCGAGAAGACGAAGCCCCCAUCUUAGAGCAGCGCGAGAACCGCAUGAAUCCCCUCCGCUGCCCUGUCAAGUUCUACGAAUUCUAUCUGUCAAAAUGCCCCGAAAGCCUGCGGACUCGCAACGAUGUGUUCUACCUGCAGCCUGAGCGGUCCUGCAUCGCCGAGUCGCCCCUCUGGUACUCCGUGAUCCCCAUGGACCGAAGCAUGUUGGAGAGUAUGCUCAAUCGCAUCCUGGCCGUGCGCGAGAUUUACGAAGAGCUGGGUCGUCCUGGGGAGGAAGACCUGGACUGAGCACUUGUGUCGUCCGUAUCCAUCCCUCACACCAAUGUCUGGCCUGUGGCCACGUCCCGUGGGGCGACGGGCCCCAGAACCAAUGCUACUCAUCCCGAAGGGCCCUGGCCGCUCUUCUCUACUCAUCCAUUCCCCGCCUUCCCUCGGAACCCCUGGCUUUUACCGUCUUCCUACCACUUGACAACCACGGGGCCCAGCCCUCUGUGCUUGGGGGCUGGCCUCCCGGUGAUGGGCAAAACCCGGCUAGGCCAUUUUCUUGAUGCUUCGGAGGAAAGCCCUUCUCGCAGGGCCAGACUCUGGAUGGAGAGUUACUAGCUCUGGUGAUCCUGUUAGCGUGGGCUUCGCGGCCCGCGCCACGUAGGUAAAGCCCCUUGUUCCCAGGUUCGGCCAAGGGAGGAACCCAGCUGCCUUGUCUGCCCCGCGCCCACCCCUUUCUCUCCUGUCGCCCAGCACCGCGCUAAAGGGUCUCGUACGAAAGGUGUGAAAGAAACUCCGAAAGUAACGAGGGGACCACUUACCUAGAACGCAGAGCUUUGACACUCUUCCUCUCCGUAAAAUAACCGGUUGUUGGAACCCCCCUCGCCACCGCGUCCCCCCGCCCGCCGCAAGCACCAGCCCUGGGUGCCGCAGCUUAGAAAGCUUCCAAACGCUUCUGCUCCUCCAAGGCAGAGAAUGACUCCAAGUGUGGGGAGCAGACUCCUGUCCCCUUGGUUUAUGUGUUCGUCCCUCUCUGCCAUCUUAGGUUGGCAUGAGCCACGUGUCAACAUGCUUAGCCCCCCCUCUGUGAUCGCCUCCCUUGACUUCAGUGGACACAGUUCCCAAGGCAAAAACCACCUUCUGACUUGGGUUGGGGCUGGGUUCCCCACUGUUCUCCCCCAUCGUCAGAGCCAGGCCAAGCCUGUGGGGGACCCCGGGUCAUGCAGGAUGGGGUCUGUGGUCAGAGGCUAGCUCAGCAGCUGUGGGCACGGGUCUUUCCCCCGCUGCCUACAUCUCUCUUCCCCAUCUUGCCUUCGUAGUUCCAGAAAAUUCUUAGCGUCCGGCAAAGGGGGUGCCCAGUUCUUUCCCUGUUGGCUUUGCUGUUCCCCAGCCUCCUUUUUGUGUUUUUAUAACUGUCACCAGUUUAGCCACUGUUUAAAUUGUACAUAUUGUUCUGAGGUGCCUGGCCUGUCCCUUCAGUGAGCCAUGCCCGCCCUUGUGUUGUAGUGAGAAGCUGUUGUCACGACUAACCUUCUGUCUCUGGAAUUGUUUGUUUCAAAUAAAGAGUUAAAAUUGU